CACACACACACACACACCUGGGAGGACCUGCAGGAGAUAGGCAUCAUGAAGCUGGGUAGGACGUACACACACACACACACACACACACACACACACACACACACACACACACACACACACACACACACACACACACAUCACCUGGGAGGACCUGCAGGAGAUAGGCAUCAUGAAGCUGGGUAGGACGUACACACACACACACACACACACACACACACACACACACACACACACACACACAGACAUCACCUGGGAGGACCUGCAGGAGAUAGGCAUCAUGAAGCUGGGUAGGACGUACACACACACACACACACACACACACACACACACACACACACACACACAUCACCUGGGAGGACCUGCAGGAGAUAGGCAUCAUGAAGCUGGGUAAGACGUACACACACACACACACACACACACACACACACACACACACACACACACACACACACACACACACACACACACACACACACACACACACACACACAGACAUCACCUGGGAGGACCUGCAGGAGAUAGGCAUCAUGAAGCUGGGUAGGACGUACACACACACACACACACACACACACACACACACACACACACACACAGACAUCACCUGGGAGGACCUGCAGGAGAUAGGCAUCAUGAAGCUGGGUAGGACGUACACACACACACACACACACACACACACACACACACACAGACAUCACCUGGGAGGACCUGCAGGAGAUAGGCAUCAUGAAGCUGGGUAGGACACACACACACACACACACACACACACACACACACACACACACACACACACACACACACACACACAUCACCUGGGAGGACCUGCAGGAGAUAGGCAUCAUGAAGCUGGGUAGGACGUACACACACACACACACACACACACACACACACACACACACACACACAGACAUCACCUGGGAGGACCUGCAGGAGAUAGGCAUCAUGAAGCUGGGUAGGACGUACACACACACACACACACACACACACACACACACACACACACAGACAUCACCUGGGAGGACCUGCAGGAGAUAGGCAUCAUGAAGCUGGGUAGGACGUACACACACACACACACACACACACAGACAUCACCUGGGAGGACCUGCAGGAGAUAGGCAUCAUGAAGCUGGGUCACCAGAAGAAGCUGAUGCUAGCUGUGAAGCGAUUGGCUGAGAUGCAGCGUGGCUCUGAGGGGCGGAGCUCCCCCAGGAAGAAGCCUCCACCAAUCACACAGCAGCAGGAAGUGAUGUCCAUAGAGAACAGGCCCCCUGACAACGAAGUCGUCACUUCUCCCAAGUUGUGCACCUUCCAGGACAGCGAGUUGAGCCCCGAGCUGCAGACGGCGCUGAUCCAGCCUAUCCCAGAGGUCAAGAGUCAGAGGACCCGCAGCCUCAGCAAGGACCCCGAGGAGGGAGUAGGGCCAGGGGGUAGAGGAGGAGGAGGAGUGCCCCCUAAGAAGGAGGCUCGGACCAUGAGACAGACCAGCCAGGGAAGCCAGAGAGGCAGCGCCUCAUCCAAACCUCGCCCACCCUCCCACGCCCACUCAAUGCCGGCACCCCCUUACACUCCCCCUCACACCCCCACCAAGAAACCCCUGCACUCCUCCACCUCCGCCCCGGGCCCCUCACCGCAGGCCAAACCCAAAUCCUCCCCACAGCUAAUACAAGGAGAGAGGCCUGGUUCCCCCCGCUCUCACCCCCUGUCCAAUGCACAUCGCGGGACUCACAACACCCAGACUCAGCCUGGUCCUCAGCCUCAGCCUGGUCCUCAGCCCCAGCCUGGUCCUCAGCCCCAGCCUGGUCCUCAGCCCCAGCCUGGUCCUCAGCCCCAGCCUGGUCCUCAGCCCCAGCACCAACCCACACCUACUCCCCAAUCUCAGCCUACAGCCCACCCGACGGAGGAAGAGGAGAGGGAGAGGGAGAAAGAGAGGGGGAUUGAGAGGGAGAAAGAGAGGGGGAUUGAGAAGGAGAAGGAGAGGGGGAUUGAGAAGGAGAGCACCCUCCAGCCGCAGCCCAGCCCCCAGGUGUCUGUUCCCCUCCUGUGCCUGCCUCCGGAGGCUGAGGGGGGAGACGGGGGAGAGAUGGGUGAGGCGGGUGAGGCCCUCCUUAAGAAGCGAGCUAACAGUCUGAACCGCUACGCUGGGUCUGACGGGGAGGGGGAGGAGAGGGGGGGUGGAGGUGUAGGGGUGGGGACAGGAGUGGCCCCUCCAGGGAGGGUAGCAGGGGGUGGUACAGGUAAAUACGCCACGGUGACUCACCGGGUCAGCCGCAGCCACUCCGUACGCAACCAGGACAAGAACGUCAACCGCAGCCAAUCACAGUCCAUCGCCCUACGGCCCAAGAAGAAAGGCCCGCCCCCUCCGCCUCCCAAACGCUCCAGCUCAGCUAUCUCGAACUCCAACCUCGCCGACACACACACGCCGACACACACACACGCGGCAGACGGGCUGCUGGGCGUGCCCUACAACCCCCAGCGACGGGCCAGCGACCUGGGUGUAUCCGUGGAGACGGUCGUCGUGGAUACGGGGAGCGCGGGCAGCGUGAGGAGCAUAGCGGCCAUGUUGGAAAUGUCCUCUAUCGGGGGAGGGGCCAAGGGCAUGGCUAUACAGAGAAACUUCCUACAGCAGCGGGAUGCCAUUGGUCUGGACGGGGAGGUGGUGAACCGCCGUAGAACCAUCAGUGGUCCUGUUACUGAGCUGGUCGCUGCAGCUAGGAGGGACAGACCUACCCCUGUACCACUGUGUACCGCACCCCAACCCUCUCCUCUCCCUUCUACACCCCAGCUGCCUUCCUCCCCUCGCUCCCCCUCCUCCCCUCACCCCUUGUCUCCUCACCCCUCGUCUCCUCACACCCCUUCUUCCGGUAGUUCGGCCGAGAACCUUCCGUUUGCUGCUGAGAGGAAACAGACCGUGAAGAGGCAGAGAGGAGAGGGAGAGGAAGAAGGAGAAACAGAGGGCGAUGGAGACGGUCUCCAUGGAGACGGUGUGUUCUCCCUUCCCCAGGAUGAGCUGUCCCGGGUCGACGCCACGUCAACCCUGAAACGGCGUCCCCGCUGCAACAAGCCUCACCCCAACGGGUCGCGUUUCACCCUGACAGAGUCUUCCACCGUCAAGCGCCGUCCCAAGAGCAGAGACAAGGAGCCGGAGGGCUUCUCAGAGAGUGGCAUCGCAGACAUCACCGGGACCUCCAAGACAUGGGCCUCUAACACCGGGGCCUCUAACACCGGGGCCUCUAACACCGGGGCCUCUAACACCGGGGCCUCUAACACCGGGGCCUCUAACACCGGGGCCUCUAACACCGGGGCCGUUCACACCGGGGCCGUUCACACCGGGGCCGCUAACACCGGGGCUGUUACCGGGCCGGAGCCGGGGCCAGCCAUACCGUACGAGAACGGCACCGCCACCGUUAAACGCCGGCCGGUGUAUGAGACGGGGGAAGCGGAGCCUAGUCCGAUCCAGGCUACGCCUCCUCUCAGGGACAGCUCAGACCUGGGAGGACCAGGGGUGGUGGCGGGGGGAGAAGGGGGAGGAGCGGUGACCCCUGUGAGGAAACCUAAACCCCCCGUCUCCCCCAAACCUGUCCUGGCUCAGAUGAGGAGACACUCCUCCUCUAGAAAAGUCCCCCUGCCUGGACCUGGCACCCCCGGCAGCCCAGUUGAAGCAAAGAAGAUUCCUCCCCCAGUCUCCCCCAAACCGGCUCCUCCCCCACAGCCCCGAAACCAACCAAACACCUCCACUCUAUAACCACACCCACCUCCCCCUCCUCCUCCUCCUCCCCCAACGCCAAACCCCCACCCCUCCCGCCCAGAGUCCCCACACCCCACUCACCCCCAGAGUCCCCACACCCCCUCACACCCACCCCUCCACCUAUCAAACCCCCCGCUCCUCCAUCGGGGGCGUGUCCGUGGACAUGGGAACAGUGGCGGCGGUCAGCGUGGUGAUGUCAGAGGCGGAGUCUGUGCAUCAGAAGCUGGAGGAGACGAGCGCGUCAUUGGCUGCUGCCUUAAAGGCUGUAGAGGACAAGAUACGAGAGGAACAAGAUUGGGUUGCAGAGGAGAAGACGACGGUCAGUAUCCUUGACGACAUCGGCAGCAUGUUUGACGACCUGGCCGACCAGCUUGACGCCAUGUUGGAGUAACCGUGACAACAGCUGGCCGUCCCCGUGGCAACGCAGCCUGCCUCAGGACUUCCUCCUUCCUUCCGCAGGCACAACGCUCCUCUGUCUCUCCAUCCUCCUCUGUCCACUAAAGGACAGAGGACCACUCCAUUACAGAGGAGAACUCUUGGCCGCUAGGCUGUCCUGUCACAGCUUAACAAGCAGUUACAGCCUCAUGUGAUGAAUUGUAGUUAUGGUAUGUGAUGUGUACAUUGUCAGCAUGAAGAGCGUUUAUAUUUACAGAAAACAGGCUCCUCUCUGAGAGAGAGUCAUGCAUUAGUUCAGUCAUAUUAUAAAUAUAUAUAUAUAAAAUAUAUAGAUAUACGAUUUGGUCUUCUCUGUUGAAUGGUUAUGCUGUUGUCAUGUUUAUGAAUCGCUGGAAUUUUAAUGUGACCAAAAUGUAACUCUGCUCCUGAAGUGUGUGUUCUGGAAUCGUGAGUGUUCUGGAAUCGUGAGUGUUCUGGAAUCGUGAGUGUUCUGGAAUCGUCACUGUUCUGGACGGAGAGGAGGAGAUGACAGCUGGUUGGAUGUAACAGGCUUCGGAAUGGCAGAACUUCCUGUACAAGCCCCGCCUCCAGAGGCCAGAUUCCGAUGUUAUUCUCUCCUCCUUCCAUAACAUACCCCUCCCUGUUAUUAACACAGCACAGUGUUGAGUCUGGGGUUAGGGCUCUGGUGGGGGAGGGGGUCAAGGGUUCUAGAGGUUCAGUACCAUGUUGACCUCUACUGCACAAUAGAGAAAGUAUAGUUUAAGUUUACUUAGCGUGGUUACGGGCUGACUGAACUGGAACGAAGGGCUCUGUUCAGUCUGGAGAGAUGAAGUGGUACAGAUGGCGGAAUAAGAGAUGUCCCCUUUGACACGACAUAUACAGCGUUGGGUCUUUCGCGGCAACGCGGCAACGCUGCUUUUAUAUUCCAGUGACAUUAAAACACUGAACUUCCAUGAUAAGGGAUAGAGGGAGGGGAACAGAGUCCUCACUUCAAGCUGAGGGGGGGGUGUUCUGAUGGUGAUGGUGGAUCAUCUCCAAUUCCUCUACUUUACUGCAUCUCUCCCUUCACUAUUCUCUCUCGCCCUCUUUCUCUCUCCCCUUCACUAUUCUCUCUC